AUGGAUUUCAACCUGCUGGCAGACACGGAGGCUCGCAGCCCAGCCUUGUCUCUCUCAGACUCCGGCACCCCUCAGCACGAGCACAGCUGCAAAGGGCAGGACCACAGCGAUACCGAGAAGUCCCAGCAAAACCAGACGGACGAUUCUAACCCUGAAGACGGCUCGCUCAAGAAGAAGCAGCGGAGGCAGAGGACGCACUUCACCAGCCAGCAGCUCCAGGAGCUGGAAGCCACUUUUCAAAGAAACCGUUACCCAGACAUGAGCACCAGGGAGGAGAUUGCAGUCUGGACCAACCUGACAGAGGCACGAGUGCGGGUCUGGUUCAAAAACCGCAGAGCUAAGUGGAGGAAACGGGAGAGGAACCAACAGGCCGAACUGUGCAAGAACAGCUUUGGAGCCCAGUUCAACGGACUGAUGCAGCCUUAUGAUGACAUGUAUUCCAGCUAUUCCUACAACAACUGGGCCACCAAGGGGCUUGCCACCAGCCCGCUCUCAGCCAAAAGCUUCCCGUUCUUCAACUCUAUGAAUGUCAGUCCCCUCUCCUCUCAGCCCAUGUUCUCCCCACCCAGCUCCAUCGCCUCGAUGACCAUGCCUUCAUCCAUGGUCCCUUCUGCAGUGACCGGAGUACCAGCCUCCAGCCUCAACAACCUGGGAAACAUCAACAACCUGAAUAGCCCGAGCCUCAACUCCGCUGUCUCAUCCAGUGCCUGUCCUUAUGCCUCCACAGCCAGCCCCUACAUGUACAGGGACACAUGCAACUCCAGCCUGGCCAGCCUGCGGCUGAAGGCCAAGCAGCACGCUAACUUCACCUACCCGGCAGUGCAGACAGCAGCUUCCAACCUGAGCCCUUGCCAAUACGCCGUGGACAGGCCCGUAUGA